CGGAGGGAACGCGGACUCUGGCCCCUCGCUCCCCGAGAGCGCCCCUCGGAUGCUGCUGGGGAGACCCUCCAGGCCUCUCUUUGGGGCCUCUGGGGCCCGCGGCUCAGACAGCAACAGCCGCCAGUCCGGCCGCCCCGAGCCGCCGCCGCGGGCUCAACUCCACCCGGCGGAGCCCGGCGCGCAGCAGCCACACAAAAGAGGCGCGAGGGCCGGCGGCGCCGCCUCGGGGACCCGCCCGGGAGCGCCGCGCGAGGGGAGGCAGCGAGCGGGAGAAUGAGCGGCCGAGAGGAGGGCUCCGAGGCGGGAUGCGGGAUGCAGAGGACCUGACACUUCUUGGAAACUCUUGGAAAUGGCUCCCGCCACAGCGCCGGAGGGGGCUGCGAGUCUGGGGAGGGCGCUCGCCCCUGCGGGGCUGCUGAGCCGCGCUCGGAUGCAGGGCCCGGGGGCGCUGUCCCUGCGUUCCGCCGUCGGCUCGGGCUGAAAAAGUUUCUCCAUGGUUCCUUUGUGUCGCCCGAGAGCCCGUUCGCCGGCCCCGACCUCCCUCGGUCUCCCUGGCAGGAGGAGGUGGCUGAGCAGCUAGUGGGCAGUUGGCGCCCUCCCUGAGCAAGCCUCCAUCCCAGAGGCUAGUCCUGCAAUCCACGAGUUCGCCAUGAUCGCCACCGGCGGCCUGCUGAGGAUUUCCGCCAGAAAGCAGGAUCCACUCCGCCCCCCAAGUCAGAUCCCCAAGCGCAAGCGGAAAGCCAAAAAGAGGCGCAAGAACGAUGUGGUGGUGGUGAAAGGCAAGCUGAAGCUGUGCUCCAUCUCGGGGCUCAUCGCCCUCUGCGGGAUCCUGGUGCUGCUGGUGGGCAUAGCCAUGGCGGUGGUGGGCUACUGGCCCAAGGCCACGGGGGCCAAUCGGGAGGGGGGUAAGCAGCCGCCGCCUGCGGGCAGCAGCCACCGCGUCCCGCCCACCGCCAACAGCAGCGGCAGUGGCAGCAAAAACCGGUCCAGGAGCCACCCUAGGGCUCCAGGGGGUGUCAACUCCAGUUCCGCCGGCGCGCCCAGAAGCACGCCUCCUGUGCGAGUCGCCUCCCCUUCCUCCUCCUCCACGUCGGUGGGCUUCUUCUUCCGCAUCUUCUCUGGCUACCUGCACUCUGACAAGCUCAAGGUUUUCGGGCCCCUCAUCAUGGGCAUCGGCAUCUUCCUCUUCAUCUGCGCGAACGCGGUCCUCCACGAGAACCGGGACAAGAAGACCAAAAUCAUCAACUUGCGGGACCUCUACUCCACAGUCAUCGACGUGCACAGCCUCCGCGCCAAAGACCUGGCGGCCGCCGCGGCCGCGGCCGCGGCCGCAGCAGCCUCCUCGUCGUCGGCGGCCCCCCCCGCGGCGCCCCCCGGGGCCAUCCCGCUCAACGGCUUCCUCAGCUACGUGCAGUCGCGGGGCCUGGAACUGAAGCCGGGGAGCUGCGGUGGCGCCGGAGACGCCUUCGGAGCCGCGGCGAUGCUGGCCAAGGGCUCGUGGCCGCCUCACCCCGCGGCCCUGAGCGGCGGCCGCCCCCGGGGCGCCGCGUCCCCGCCGGACCUGGCCUCUUCCCCGCGCUGUCCGCGGGAGCCCGCGAGCCUGGCCGAGGCCGUGUACAGCGUCUACCGCGAGCGCUCGGGCGUGGCCGGCCGUCGCCGGGCCGCCGCUGCCACCGCCGCCGCCGCCGCUAGCAGCUGCAGCAGUCCGGCGCCCUGCAGCCCACCCGAGAGCUGGGGGCGCCAGAGCACCGCCAGCUCCCUCGUGGACUCCUCGCUGAGCGCCUUCGCGCUGCUGCCCUUGCAAGGGGACCGCGAUAGGGACGGGGACGCGGAGGGCGCGAGCUGCAGCUGGCAGAGGCCUCCGGGGGAACGCGGCUCCCUGGAGAUCCCGAGGGGCGAGGUCGACCUGAGCAUGACCAACCUCCGCGGAGCAGAGGGCAGCAUGCGCGGGGCGAGCGAGGAGCUAGAGGAGCCCGAGGGCGCGGUAGCGGCGCGCGCCGCCAGGGGGCAGGGCGGCCGCCUGCCCAGGACCGGCAGGUACGCGGCCUUGCGGCGCCGCAGCACCAGCGGGCUCCCGGACUACCGGGUGCCGCCGUCCCCCGACCCCCCGCCCUCUCCGGGGAGUGCGGACCCGGACUCCAGCCCUCUGGCCAAAGCCGCCUCCCACUCGCCACCCCUGCGGCUGGAGGGCUCGCCCCCCACCAGGCGGGACUCGGGGAGCUCCCAGUCGGAUGACCCAUCCAGCAGCAAUAAGGGCUACACACCCCUGCGGGAGGCCGGCACCUCCUCCGAGUCGGUCUUGGACGCAGUUGCCGGUCAAACGCGAGACUCUGUGGCCGCCCCUGUUCCGGGUGCGGAGCAGAGCUCCCCGGAGGGUGCCAGCCAGGAGCCACUUAUGGCCGAGCAACCUCAGCCGGUGCAGAGGCAGUUUACAAACAAAGAGAAACUCUUCAUGAUUUCCAGGUCUCAUGCCAUAGGGGUAGAAGAAGGAGAACUGGAAAGCACAGGCAUUUAGAGAAAGGAGUGGGGUGGGGGGAGGAGAGAGAAAAUGAGAGAAACGCCCACUUGUAUCAGUGCAUUAACAGUUCCCUGUCUCUUUUGUGGACUGAUCCGAGGACAUCAUUCAAUAUCCAAAGAGCUGCAGAAUGUUAUCCUUGAAUUGCGUCCACAAGAUUCCUGUAGAUAACUCCAAGGAUUUUGUUUUUGUUUUUUUUUAAAGCAAACUAGUCUUUUUAUGUCCGAUGGUGAUUGUAUGUUCAAUGAAAACCAAAUGUAUUAAAAGGUCAGCAAUCUAGUCCAUUAGAUAAAAUUCUUUUAAUUUUCUUAGGAUCAAAACAAUAUAUUUUUGACAGUAAAUGUGCACUUUACUCCAAUUUUUUUUUUAAUCCCUCAUUUCCCGACCCGUGUACUCUGCGCUGGUUUUGCCCACAGCUGCUUGCGAAUGGCAGGCUUUUUUCUUCCUCCCUUUGCGGAACAUAGAAGAGUUGGUCUCAGUUCUCUUAGAAUUGAUGUUACUAACUGAAGUGAAAGCCAAAAGCAUGAAUAAUUCAGGAAAGAGCACUUUCCUUGCCCCACUCCACUCUGCUCACCCAAUGCCCAAAAGCUUCUUCAUUUUUUAAACAGGUGUGUACGUUUUGUUACUAGGGUAUGUGGUGGAGACUGGAGGGGGCAGGAACUAGAUGGACUGUUACAUUCCGAAAUUUAUAUCAAGUACACUAUGCUUUAUUGAGUGUUAUCACACCUGUAUUGAAAAUAGCAUUAAUAUUUAAAAUCUUUUUUAAUAAAAGAGGUUUCCCAACAGUUAAGCAUAAUAUUGCCUCAUUUUGCCUUGGAGCUAGCUCAUCUGGUACCUCUGAAAUAUUUUGCUGUGACACUGCUACCAGGACUGUUGUGAUCUUCCCCCAAAGUACUCAGCACCAUUGUCACAUGUCCAGUGUAUUUUUAAGCUUAAAAUGUAAGGUAAUAUUUAACAUUUGGGAAUUUCUCUUUCAAAUAGAAUGAAACGUUAAGUGAAUAGUAAUUGCCUAUGAUACUUCUCGUUUACCUCCAAGUAUUAAUUUGCAGAACACCAGGCUUAAUAUUCCCUUCCCAUCCUCGUGGAUAUCACUGACGAUAAGUUUAUGGUCUUGAAUCCAUGGCCCACAUAGACAAAAAGAUAAUGUUUUAAUAAUUUGGUAGAUUGUUUACACUUGAUGUCAUUAAAAGUGAAUUAGUUAAUUUUCAAAACCAGGAGAUACGAUGUGGUCAUUUUGUUCCCCUUGGGCAAAGCAGCUAGUCUUGUAGAAAGAGUGCAGAUUCAGAACUGAGAUUGGACCUAGCUGUUGGCAUCUCCUAGCUGUGUGGCCUUGUACAAGUCACAAACUCUGAGUCUCAGUCAUCUUUUUGUAAAAUGAAGAGAACGAGACAUACCUCAUGGAGCUAUGAGUGGAAUAGAACAGGGUCAGGGUCAGAGGAGGGCUUAUAUGUGUGGAGUUCACCAGAACCCUUGUCCCAGAGGAUGUAUUCAAUAAAUGGUGGUUAUUGUAAUUAUUAUUACUAUUAUAAUUUGUUGCUGAAUGCAUACUGUAGAAGAAUGGACCUUCCUUGAACUUGAGCUCAAGAAAGUCUAGUCUGAAAUCUGGGAUAUCCACCUAUUAUCUGUAUAAUCUUAGACAAAUCUCUAAAUCCCUUUGGGCCUCUGGUGGAUGAUAUAAUCUCUAUGAUCUCCUUCAGCUCUAAAAGUCUUACUUAAAUUCAGGCUCUUGUCCUGGAUGUAAUCAUAUCACAUUUGUACUCAUAACUUGGCAAAGAGUGAAUAUACGUCAUCAACUACCAUUAGCACAACAUUCUGCAAUACAUUUUAAAAGGGCCUCAUUUAUUCUCAGAUUGGAUCUGCAUUAAACCAAUAACUCACUUUAAGGCUGUAGAUUAAUAUAUUGGGCUCUUCUAUUAAGCAAAAGUGAGUUUGCACUAAUGAGUGACAUGCUAGUGUAAUGAGACCUCAAGGUAGUGUUAAAUUUCAACAGUCUCAAUUGCUUUCUCACACUUCCAAAAUAAAUGUCAAACUUCCUUUGGUUUUCUUCUCCAUUACCUUGGGCAGUAGGUGAUUUAUAUACUGAGAUAGUGUGUUACCUAAAGGGGAAAACAGGUUCGGGUGUUCUACAAUACUGUUUCCAGUCCUCUGAGAAUGCACUGUAAAUGCUACAUUUAUCAAAUGCUAAGUGACAUUUAGCAAAUAAUAAAGCUAAUACCUCUUAGCUUAACUAAGGAGGGGUGGACAGAAUACUGUUUAUAUUUCACAAACUUAGCUCCAUAUCAGAUAAUAUCUAACUUAACUACUGAACAAUUUAACUAGAUUUUUUUUUUUCUGAAGAUAGAAAAAGAUGAGCUCAAUUUUCCAAAUCUUGGGAGGAGCCUGUGAUUUCUUUAGACUUCAGAGGAAGUGUAUGUAAGUGUAGUAAUUCACAAUCUUAACUUUCAUAGGAGCAGAAAUCUGCAAUAAUAAUGCUAAUUUUCAUUCAGUACUUACUGUGGGCUAAGUACUAUUGUAUGAGCUUUGUACACAUUAUCUCAGUGAAUCCUCACAGCAACUGUAUUGAAGUAGGAUUAUUCUCACCCCUGUUUUGCAGAGAAAGACACUGAGGUCAGAAAGAUGGAAUUGUUGUCCAGGGUUACACAGCUGGUAAAUGGUGGAUCCAGGAUUUGCACAGUUUGGAAGAUUAGGUAGACCUGUCGGCAGAUGCUGAGUUGAAAUUGACAUUUCUGGAAACCAUCAAAAUACUUUAUACAUUCUUCAUUUCCUGCUAGAUCCCUUUCCAGACCAUUCUUAGAGAAAUACAGAAAAUUGUCAGAAUGCACAGUCAGAUAAAAAGCUGGAGUUCAUAAAUCUUCAGACUGGCAUGAACAAGUUUUUUUCUAAGUGACUUUUCAGGGGUUUUUGUAUACAAUAAAUAGGAUUGUUUGAAAGGGCCUUAUAGAUGAUAGAAUCCCCCCACCUUUAAUUUAUAAAUGAGGUUGCUAAGAUUUAGAAAGAUGGAACAACUUUUUCAGAGACAAACCGCAGUGGCAGGACUCAAAUGUUAAAAUAAUUGCAACAAUUGGUGUGCUGGUAUUUUUUCCCUGAAUUUCUGUCAUGUACCAGCUGGGUGACCAUGGACAAGCUACAUAGUCUCUCUGUGUCUCAAUUUCCUUUUCCACACUAUUGGAAUAAUAAUGUUCCUACCUUACAGGACUGGAGUAAAGAUUAAAAGAACUAUUAUUUGUGUAAAGUGCUUAUAAUGGGCUUGGAACGUAGAGAGUAUUAUACAAAGGUUUGUUCCUUUUAUUUAAAAUAGAAUCAACUGCUAAACAAUUACUUCGUAUGACCUUCCUUUUUAUCAAUAAGAAUAAUUUUAGGCUUAAAAGUCUAACGUGUAAGGCAACAUAGCAUAGUGGCUCAAAGUGUGACUUGGGGGGUUAUAUAACAUUAUAACUGGGUCUUCACUUCUAGUAAGGAGAUAAUAAAUAGCAUUUGACACAUAGAAUUAAUUGUUUAAAUGAGGACUACAUAAACUAAUAUAAUUAAAGGACUUAGAACAACUCCUGGCACAUACAAAUAUUCAGUAAAUGUUAACUACUAUUAUUAAGGCAAAAUACAGAAAAGCAAUUAGUAGGCUAAAUUUACUACUUAGUAGUUAGGGACAACCAUAAACUUAAUGUACUAAAAAGUCUUUAUAAUUUAGGUAUAUGAGAAAGAAAAAUUAGAUCUUAAAAAACGAGGGCUUACGCUGCUGCAAUGCCUCCUGAUAGAACAUAGAACUAUCAAGAGCUGGACACAUGCUCCUUAUGGUCCCAGGAUCAUCAUAUUAUACAGCAAUGAAUGAACAUCCAAACUGGCACACUUGGCUAUAUUUAGCUGCAAUUAUUCCAUUUCCAUUUAUUGAGGCUAGCUGUAUCAAAAAGACCAGUGAAGCCCUUGAGGUCUCAGCCUCCUAUGUAUUAGGCCUCAAGUAAAGAUCAGGUAAUCUACUGAUUUAUUUAAAUUGUCUAGACAAAAGUGUUUUUCUAUAUUUGUUUUUUCUUUAGUAAUUUUGAGUUCUUUAAGAUGCGGUUUUGAAUUUUUUUGAGGUAGAGAACUUAAGAAAAACCAUCUGAUGCAUUAAAUUAGUACAGACUAAGUAUAUGGACUUGUAUUUGGAUUAGGAUAGUAUUUUUGCCAAGAUAUAAAAAUACAUUUGAUAAAUAAGGUCUUCUUAUAUUAAGGGUUGCAGUUUAAGAUUGAUAUUUUUUCUCACUUAUAACAAAUAAAGAAUAGGUUGAUGUUUACGGAGUUUGUUUUCCAUAGACCCAGAUUAUUUUAAAAUUUGUAUUAUUAUUUGGAAGGGAGGAGUAAAAAUCACUGGGUGAAUAUUUAGACUAAGUUUUUGAAUGACUAACUCUGAAAAACAAUCUAAGACACCCCACCCCACCCCACCCCAGGGAAGUUAUCUUUGGGGUUUUUUCUUCAAAAAGGAAUGAGAUUCUUCUUUAAAUUGAUAAGAAAAUUCUAUGUUUUAUCUAUUAAGCCACCACCAGUUAAGGAGUCCAACUUUAGUCAAACUACCUGCAACUCUGCCAAGACCUGAGGAGCUCCUUAUUUUUUGUACGCCAUCCGUUCGUCUAUGACAUCAGAAAAGCACUAUGCUAGUGUUGAGCCCACAUAGGUGUGAACUGCAGUAGGAGUUACAAAUGCUAGCCAUCCUAAGGGCUUAGCCUUCACCCCAGAGCCAGAAGCAUUUCAGAAUUUCCGCCACCUGGCAAGAUAUUGUCAUUCCACUUGAAAUGGGCUCUCAUCCCUUGCCCCUUUAAUAAUGCCAGCUAUGACAUGGCUUUGCAUGGCAAAUAGGACAUGGGCUGAUUUGUUACUAAGAUAACAUACUGUCAUUGCUGGUGAAAAGACUGAAGAAGAUUACGCAAAUUCUCCUGGAAUAUUACAAAGUAUGUACCUGUCUCAAUAACCUGUGCUUUCUGAUCCUACAUUGUGACCAAGUCCCAUGAAAGCUGACUGUCAAUAACAGGGGAGGAAAAUGGGCAGGCCCAGUGGUGGAAGAAAAAGAGCAUCCUGCCAAAAGAGAAAAAAAGAUAGGCAAGAAUCACUAGAGAAGCUUUUUGUUUCAUAAAAGAGCAUUUGGUUACUCUUGUUUAUAGAUCAUUUUGUAUGUAAAGUGUCUUAAAAAUUACAGUAACUUUUAUUCCUUAGCAAAUAUUCUUUUUGCAAAUGCAUGGCUAGAUAUUAAUUUGUAUUUUUUUAAUAUUUAAGAAAUUCAUGACAGCAUUAUAUUAUUGAUGCAAACCCAUUUGAUACUAGUAAAUGCUAAACACCUAAUAAUGUUUAAUAAUUGAAAAGAAAUUUAUGGGCAAAUUUAUGAACAAUUUACUUUAAGUAGAGAAACUCCAGUAUCUUUAUGUCUAUAUGUCUAAAGACAAAAAAUCUGAAAGUUAUUAAAGACUGACAUAAGUAGGUCAAUCAAAGCAAACCAGAUCAGAAAAUGACUUUGUCUCAGCAUAGGACUUUUGCCAUUGCUUUUUGUGGCUAAUCGCCUUAUCACUCCCUUUUGUAUAGAUACAACCUAAAAAAAAAACGAUUUCACCUGUAGUAGUAAGCAGCUGUCCUUCAAGCUGCUGUCCUUUUGGUAAAAUACACAAAUUGCUUUCAGAUGAGUUUCAGAUAUAUUAUACUCUGCCUAUCAUGAGUCAGGUAGGCACUGUGGUAGGUAGAAAGGAUAAAAAUACCGUUUUGUGUGUGUGAAAGACACAAUUUCUGAUCACAGAAUCUUGUAAUAAUAUUGUUUCUGAGACAGGCACACAAACCAUAAUUUUACUAUAAUGUGAAUAUUACAAGAGAGUUAUGACACGAAUCUUCCAGCUGAGUCUUGAGAAAUGAAGAACAUGUCAGAUAGGUACAAAAAGCUGGGAAAGGUAUGUUGGCCAGUGGGGCCAGCAUGAGUAAAUGCAGAACGCAAAACACAAUUUAACAAGCUAGAUUUUCAUAAGGUAAUUGAUAUUUAACUGUUCCCUAGUAUCUCCAUGGCAUAGAGGUGUUUAUUUUGGAAAAACAAAAACAAAACAAAAAAUGAUAUAUCUCUGUAUCUACAGAUACAGCUAAAUGUCUCCUUUGUAAGUAGCAGAAGGAUAUUUUAAAUUAAAAUUACGAUGGUUUUGGCAUUAAAAUACUCAAAACAUAUAUACCUACAUUCUAUGUUUAAUGAUUCAUUUUUAAGUGACCUUCACUAGCAGGGCUUCUUAACUGAGAAGUGUCAGUACAUAAAACUAACAAAAUAAAUUCUUAUUGGACCUAAGCUAUCUUUAUGAGCAAGGAAGAUUUUUGCUGAAUUAUAUAUUGCUUUAAAAUUACCAUUUAAUUUGAAAUUUCAAAUUCUGGAAAUCAUUUCCCUAGAUGUGUGCAUAAGGAGAUAACACUGAGAGGAGAAUCUGUCACUUGGCAACACUGUUUGGAUCAUGGAUCAAGUGUGUUGAUCCAUGUACCGUGAAGACUGCAGACAGCAUAAACUUAGGGGUUGUUCUAUCAAGCCACAGGUCGUUUUUCAGAAUCUAGACAUGAUAACUGAAUGUAUUUCUACAGAUUUCUACAUCAAUUUUGCAGCAUCAUUUAUAUCAGAGGAAACAUAAAUAAUUUAUCUUUGUUAAUAACGAACAUCCGGGUUUUUUCGUUCCUCGCGUACGUGUUCAUAGCACAAGGAAAGGUUAACACCCAGACAUACUGUUGCAAAUGUGUGUGAGUAUUCUUUGUAGACUGGCACCAAAAACACUAUGCCUUUUGAUUUUUAAACAGCCGGUCAUUUUGAGACAGUCACUGAAAACAGAUUUGGCCAAAAUAAUAAAGUAUAGAUGCAGCUUAAUACUUUACGCACAAA